AAUUUUAUAAAUUUGAUUUCAGGUGAAACAGAAUGCAUAAGAGGUUAAUAUUUUGUUUCUGUAUUAUUAUCUGUCUGUCAUUUCAUCUCACAUCGUCUUUGCACAUCUGCAGUAUGCGGAAAAGCAAAGACGACUCUGAGUGUGUGUACGGCACGGAAACUGAUCUUUGCGGCAUUAGACGUUGCAGGAAAGGUCCCGGAGAAAUUUGUGGAGGUUGGAAGGAUAUAUAUGGAGCAUGUGCUACUGGACUAACCUGUUCUAACUGUGGAAGUUGUAGCGGAUGUUCUUAUCAAUCCUUUAUAUGCUGGGAUGAUAUAGAUUGCAUGGCAAAAAGCUAGAAACCUGAAUUUUAAACCACCAUCAGUCCCCUCUUCACACGCCCCCCUCCCCUCAUAAAUAAAGUUUUAAAGAAUAUCAUAUGAUGUUUGGAAUGUAUUAUGGCUUUCUAUAAAUAUAUAAAUGUCAACUUUAAA